AUGGAGUCGGAAGUGUUGGGUGCAAGUAACCCCUCUACAGUAGAAGGCGACCACCUGAUUCUACACCAAGACCCAUGUGAGGCCGACAUCUACGAAGUCCCGGACCCGGGGUUCCUCAAGGAAGAGAGGGGGUCAUCAUUUUCGGAGCCGGCCCCACAGCUUUUUACCAACAACUCGCGGUGGCAGAACAUGGCUCUGAGUGCCCGUGCCCGCCAGCUGUGGCUGCUCCUGCGCACAGGCCUGCAGACCGUUGUGGAAAAGGAAAAGAGAGCUGAGCUGCACGUGGCGCGCUUGACGCACGGGCUGGAACCCCUGCGGCGCCUGGAGGUGGCAGCUGGGCUGUGUUCGGUGGCACAGGACCCCGUGGGCAAAUGCUUCGUGGUGCUGGAUGGUGCAGGCUGCCUGCACCUGCACAGAGAGGAUGGCUGGGCACAAGAGAAGCUGCUGGCUCCAGUUGCACUUACAGGGCUAGUGGCGGUCCUGGGCCCGCUGGGCACUGUGGGCCGCUUUGUGGGCUGGGGCCCAGUGGGGCUGGCCAUACUAAGGUCCGACCUUAGCCUACUGUGGCUGAGUAAGCCAGGGGAGCACAGGGUGCCAGGCCGCGAGCCCAUCUGCUGCCUGCCGGUGCCAGAUCCCGGACUGCUGCUGGUGGCGGAGGCAGGCAGAAGCCUGGUGCUCUGGAAGUUCCGUUCAGGGGGCCGCUGCCUGGUUCCCCACGGGUCACCUCUGCAGCUACCACCAAGCAUCUCGGGUGCACUUGCGUGUCUGGCUCUGGGGCCUCGGCCUCCCCAUCACGACCCAUGCUGCUUCGCAGCCUAUGGCUCAGCUGUGCUCACCUUUGAUCUGCAAACCUGGGCUCUCACAGAUGUGCGUCGGAAUCUGCACAAAACCACUAUCUUUGACCUGGCGUACUGUAGAGAGGUAGAGGCCAUGGUGACAGCUUCCCAGGACAGCACGGUGAAAGUGUGGGAGGCUGACUGGCAGAUCCGGAUGGUGUUCGUGGGACACAGAGGCCCAGUGACCGCGGUGGCCGUGCUCCCGAACACGGCCCUGGUGGUGUCGGCUUCACAGGACGGGACGCUGCGCACAUGGGACCUGCAGGCAUCGGAGCAGGUGGGUGAGGUGGCGCUCACCUGCUGGGGCCGCGGCGUGCCGACGGAGAGUGUGAGCCGUCUGCUGGCCCCCGCCGGCCUGGGCUGGCCCUUGCUCUCCUUGGGGGCCUGCAGCGUGGGGCUGUGGCGUGCGCGGGAGCUCUACUCGCCAUUGGCGCAGCUGUCUGCGCCGGUGCUCCACCUGCAGUUGGCGCCGGCGCUGCCCAAGCCCACCGCCCCGCACGCGGCGCUGCCCGCGCGCCUGGUGUGCGCCUGCGCCGACGGCUCGGUCUACCUGGUGUCGGUCUCUGGCGGACGCACCGUGAGCGCGCUUCUGCUGGAGCCCGAGGACUGCGCGGCCGCCGUGGCCUACUGCCUGCCUCGCGAGGCGCUGUGGGUGCUGACGCGCACCGGACACCUGCUGUGUGCCAACGCAGCACGCUCCCCAAUGCGGGUGCUGCACCGCCUGUGCCCGCUGCCGCCGCCUGCGCCCCAGCCCUGCUGCCUGCACCUCUACAGCCACCUUACGGACCCCGCCAGCGCGUUCACCAACUGGGAGAUAGUGUGCCAGUACAAGGGCGAGCUAUGCCGCAGCGACGUGGCCUGGGCCUGGAAGGACAAGAACCGGUACCUGCCCGUGGUGGGGCACACUGAUGGCACCCUGUCCGUACUCGAGUUGCGCUCCUCGAAGACAGUCUUCCGGACGGAAGCACACAGCCCAGGGCCCGUCACUGCCAUCGCGUCCACCUGGAACAGCAUCGUGUCCUCUGGGGGAGACCUGACUGUGAAGAUGUGGCGCGUCUUCCCCUACGCCGAGGAGAGCCUGAGCCCCUUGCGCACCUUCUGCUGCUGCCACCCAGCGGUGGUGCUCUGCGCCCUCGGCAACCGCGUCACCGUGGGCUUCGAGGACCCGAACAGCGCCACCUACGGCCUGGUGCAGUUUGGCCUGGGCAGCAGCCCUCGCUAUGAUCACCGGCCCCAGGACGACCCUACGGACCACAUCACUGGCCUGUGCUGCUGUCCCACGCUCAAGCUGUAUGCCUGUUCCAGCCUGGACCACACCAUCCGCAUCUGGACAGCGGAGAACAAGCUGCUGCGGCUCCUACAUCUGAACGGUGCCCCUCAGGCCCUGACCUUCUGCAGCAACAAUGGGGACCUGGUCCUGGCGCUGGGCUCCUGCCUCUGCCUGCUGGACCACAGACUCUACCUGCCCACAUCUUACCUGCUUAAGAAGCUGUGCCAAGAGGUCCCUGAUGGGGUGGAUGACCCUCCACUGCCGCUGGCCAGCCAGGAGUCACUCACCUCAGCCCAGCUACAGAGGCUCGCCAACCUGCGUGGGGCGGCCAGCCUCAGGGGCCUAGCCGCCCAGCUCAGGGCCCCGGCCCAGCCUCUGCCCUACCCUGCUGGCAGUACCAUCUGUGUCCCACCUGUGCCCCUCUCUGUCUGCAGCACAGCCUUAUGUUUCAUCCAUCGCCAGACAACAGCUCCUCAGCAGCCAGUGUCGGAGGAGGACUUGGAAGCCCUGGUUGCCCGGGACCAAGACCUUCAGCAAUUGAGACUGGGGCUGGAGAGCCCGGCAGCCCGGCCCCAGCUGACUUGGCAGCAGCGCCAGCAAGCCUUUGAUAACUACCUACAUCUGAUCUAUGGCCCGGGCAUGCUGGGUCUGGAUUCUGAAGCACAGCCCCAGCAGCAGUGGGGCACGGUGGCCCUUGCAGUGGAGAGAGAGACCUGGGACCCGAGUGCCCAGCCCAGAGAUGGCCCUGCUCUCGGGGGCACUGAAGCCCCACCACUGCAGGACGUAGGGACCCUGGGCAGGCGCUUUGCCCGCCCUCCCCGAGUCCCCUUGCCUCUCCCACCCACCUACCGGAGGGUGCACAGCAGAGCAUCCCAGCUACUGGCCCUGUCCUCCCUGAGCUGCGAGCUGGGCCUCGGUCUGGACCUGCAGCUGCAGCAGGACCGGCUCAGCAAGAAGCCUCUGGUCUGGGAUCCUUCGCCCCCCGACCUGGGGCAGAGCAGGACCUCCCUGCUGCUGCAGAGGCGGCCCCAGGAGCUGCUCUCCAACUGCAGGGGCUUCUUCCCUGCCACCAUCCAUCCUUACAAGUACUGGCGGUGGCCCAUCCGCUUCCCCGGCUGCGUGCCCAAUUCGGUGGUGCUGCAGCAGAUGUGGUCGCCCGAGGAGGUCAGCGGCCUUGGAGCCCUCUCGGGCAGCCGCGAGAGCAAGCAGCGCGGGGACCAGGAUGACCUGUGGCUGGCGCGGGGCAUCAGGCGGCGCCGCACCAAGCAGCAGCAGCAGAAGUUGAUCCAGUGGCUGAGGGACGAGGAGGACGAGGACGAGGAGGAGCCGGACCUGGACUGGGCCUUGGAGCCCCCAAGUCCCCGGCAUAGGCUGCCCUCCGACCCGCUGCUGGUGCCUAUGAGGCCGCAGGCGCUGAGCGCCAAGGACCCUAUCCUGAGCCUCAAGGGCGCCCAUGAGGACACAGCCGGGACCGAGACCUACGUUCACCGCCCCCAGUUCCACUAUGCGCAGUUGCUCUGGGAGCAGCGCUACGGGCGUCUGCCGAAGUUUCUGCAGAUCUUCGUUGAGCAGAACUGGUUCAAAAAGCUCUUCCCCAUCUUCACCCUUCAGGCCUACCCCGAGAUGGGCACGGUGGAGGGCCUGGCCUCCGCGUUCAUGGACCUACUGGAGGAGGCCUCCUGGGCUGACCGUGUGCACGUGCUGCGCGCGCUGCAGCGGCUGCUACCGGACCUCAGCAGAGAGUUUUGUAGCCGGCUGCAGGGCACCCUCCUGCGCUUGCUCAACCUGGAGCAGCCCCCCAGCCUGCAGGACCGGGUCCAAAAGCAGUUUGUGAUGCUGGCGCUGCAGCUGCUCCUGGCAUGCUCUCUGGAGUCCCGCGAGGUGGUGCUGGAGCUGAUGUCCUACUUCCUCUACUCGCCAGCCCCCUGCUGGCCAGAGCUCAGGAAGCUGCUGGACGGACUCGGCCUUCAGGACCCACAGGGCUUCCUGUUCAAGGAGAUGAUGACCUGGGUCCAGGGCCCAGACCCUGAGUCCAAGGCCACACUGCGCAGGCGCUGCUGCCAGAAGCUGGAGGAGAUGAUCCAGCAGCUGCAGGUGGAGACCAUGCAGCUGUCUGUAGCCAAGUUGUCAGAGGUGCUGCCCAAGGUCUCAGAGACCUCAGGACUUCACCCCCCUUCUAAGAAGGCCCUGUCGCAGAUCUUGAUGCUCUCUGGGGCAGCAGGUCACGUGUCUGUGACAUCCUCCAAUGUCUCCCAGACACCCUCUCUGGUGGUCUCACCAGGGGUGUCAGACUUGACCACCCUGGAGCCCCAGGCCCAGCAGACGCUGGCACAGCCGCACUUUUCGAGGACCUGUCGCGCACUGUCAGAGACCCUGAUGCGCUUCUGCCUCCAGCCUGAGGUCUUCUUGCGGUCCUCCGCACCCGCCAUACUGCCCCAUGAGAUGCUGCCUCGUGAGAUGCCGCCCUGUGAGAUGCUGCCUCUGGCGCAGAUGGUCUGGUCACAGUCCAAAAUGCUGGACCUGGGGCCCAUUGAUGCACUCAACUUCUUUUGCGAGCAGCAGCGCAUUCGGCAGCAGGGGCCCCUGCCCAAGGAGCCCUACAGCCCACCCCCAGGCUCUCCCCCACCCCCACAGGUCCAUGGCAUAGUGCUGCCACGGUCCCCAGAUCCCCGGCACGACCGCAUCCUCCGACUUCAGGAGGCUAGGGUCCAGAGGCCUCCCAUGAGACUGAGGGGCCGAAUGUUGUCCCAGCUCUCGGCAAACCACUCCCUGGACCGAACCAUCCGCAUACUGAAGCUGCCACUGCCUCGGGUGGAACUGCAGCCUUUCCCCCCAGACUGGCCCAGGUCCACCCGUCCGCUGCCCCCACGGCUCCUGCAGCCUGCUCUGCAGCGCUACUUUCUGCCAGAUGACACCAACCCUGACAGCUACCGCUAACCCAGCGAGUGGUCCUGGCCCGGCCCUGACUCCCCCUUCCCUCCAACAUGGAGUCAAGACAUGGCUUUCCAGCCAGCUGUUUGCCCCAGCUAAGGCUCAGGGCUGGAAUAAAGUCCAGAGGCCAUAACCCACACACUGGAUGCCACCUUCACCUUUGGGGGCCACUGAGGUGG